UCCGUGGCUUUAGUUUACCGUACCCGUGUGUGUUUCAACGGCAGAAUAGGGUUUCCACAAAAAAAUCGCAAAAUGGCUCACACAAUUUUGCUCAUUCAGCCCGACGCCCCCAUGUCCAAAACGUAUGCAGACUACAGCAGUAUCAAGGAGUGCAUGGAAGGUAUUUGCCGGAUCUUCGAAGAGCAUCUUAAAACGUGUCAUCCAAGUAGUCCAUCAAUCACAUAUGAUAUCAGCGAGCUGUUUGAAUUCAUCGAUAACAUGACAGAUAUCUCAUGCCUGGUUCUGGACACAGAGACGAAAUGCAACUACGUACCAAAGAACAAAUUAUGGAUCAAGGAGAAGAUAUAUGUAACGCUAAGCAAAGAAGCAGCCAAGUAGCAUAACUAAAACCAUCUUCAUUAUGCUGCCUUUCUUCAUGUUUGUAAAUAUCUGUAUAUAUGUACAGGUUUGUAGAAGCAAAAAAAGAGCAUUAGCGUAAGGUCACCACACAACUUACCUUCCGCAACCUGAUUUUGAAAUAAGACGUAAUAUUUUAUGUGACUAUUGAGACAUCUUACUGCAUGAAAUUCUAAAUCAUUGCACAAAUACAUAUUCAAAUCUGUGAAUUGAAUAUCUCCUUGUAAUGAUGUCAUAGCAAUCGCACAAUUUGAAAUCAAUUUGGCCUUUACUCCAAAAUAAUGGCUUUGAACCUCAAAUAAAAAGAUAUAUUUUAUUCAAAUUUUCAAGAAGCAGUUUGUUCCAAAAAUCGGAUUGGUGACCAGUCAUAAAGCGUGUGAAGGCCUUAAGUGAACUGAGAUAUGUAUUCUACGUGAAAAGAUGUUUAGUACUACAAAGUCUGGAAAUAGAUGUAUUUAGUGUAAACCUCGCAGCCCAAAAUUAUUACUACAUAAUUUUAAUACGGUUUCUUUAGAUAAAUAAUGACAAGCUUCAUAAGUCACUUUCAUUGAACUAAGGAGCAAAUGUGAUAAAUCGUAACAUUUCCCUUAAGGAGUUUUCUGGAUCAGGUGGUAAUUCUAUUUUUAACAGGAGCAUCAUACCCCAUAAGUAUUUACUAUGAGUUAAUAAUCGUAAUAUGAUUUGUUCACCCUACGAUUUAAUAUUGAGAUUAGAUGACGUAUGUUUAAGUGGGUAAGAAGCUUUAUAUAGAGAACAAUACAUCCCGUAGGAUAUCAAAUAUUAAUGAAGAUAAAAAUAUACAUAUUUGAGAGCAAAUUGUAUGAUUUUGCAAAACAUAAAUGGGUAGGAGGCACAAAAAUGAGUUUUUCCUGGAAUUCCUUGUUCUCAAUCAUAGAAUGAGCUGAAAACAGGGUUGGACAUAAUUCCUUUUCCCCCUCUACAUUUGGGGCAUUUUCUUUAAUAUUCAGGGUGAUUUUUUAGGGGUAACAAGCAAUCAUGAAAUAAAAGCAAAUAUUAUUUUGCCAUAAGUUAGAAUAUUUAUUUUCUGAAUAAUCUUGAAUAUUGUUUAUGACAGAUCUUGAUGUGACUCGAUAAGGAAAGGUCACCCCAUAUGCUUUUUAGGGAAACAUAACUGUCGUCCUCGUGUGUCUACUACGCUGGCUUUAAAUUUCCUAAAGCGUUUUCCUAUUUUUUGUAGGAAUUCAAGAAUGUUCCUAUUUCUUGGUUGUUAGGGUUGAGGAAAACUGUAAUGACUGCGCUUCUAUCUGGGUAAUGAUAAAGCUGUGAAGAAGUGCUAAUGGAAAAUUACUAUGUAUAUUAUUAUUUCCGUAGUGGGCCCUGUAUUCAGCAAGAGAAGCAAAAAACUAUUGUGACAUCAUUAAAAUAAAGCCUUAUUUGUGGUGGCAUGGUAGUCAAUUAUUUUGGUUUAAUUAGAAUUGAAUACUGGACCCAGGUGCUGUAUUAGUUCUCAUCACAUUAAGACCAUGGUUUGUUAGUCGAUUAUGAGAGUUGUUAAAGUAUGGUGAUCAUCAAAGAAUAAGGAUGAAUAGUCUGUGUUAGAUUCUCUUAACUUUUAUCAUGGGAAAAUUAUGAUAAAUUUAGUCAGGAAAUACAAAGGAAUUUUGAUGUAUAUUUUCAAACUUCUUCCUUUCUUUUUUGUAAGGUAGUUGUUAAGAAUGGUUUUAAGUUCCAUUGUACCUCUGAUUUUGAUAAUUAAAUGCUCAUGUAAUGCAA